AUGAAUUUUGACUCAGUCAUCCUUUCUGUAGCAAUGAAAGUGCCUCGAGUCCUCGUGGCCUUGGAUGCACAUCCAGGAGGAAUUAUAUAUACAGAUCUCAUACCUGAAUAUGUAAACUAUGCAAGGACCAUCUAUGAAGAUGAUCUCGGGGAUGUUGUUGCUGAUGUCAAUUACCUGAAUGUCGGACGUGCUGUGUCUGAUUUUCAAAUAGUUAUAAUUGAUGCUUUGUCCAAGAAGAUAAUAACAUCUGGUUCCCUAUCUUCAAUUAAGAUUGAAAUUGUUGUCCUGGACGGUGAUUUUGUUGUUGAUGAUCAAGAAGAUUGGUCUGAGAAGGAGUUCAAUGCCAAAGUUAUACGUGAAAGAGAGGGCAAAAGGCCACUGGUGACUGGGGAUAGGGUAAUUACAAUGGAAAAUGGAGUUGGCUAUAUUGGUGAUAUCAGCUUUACGGAUAAUUCAAGUUGGAUAAGAAGUCGAAAAUUCAGGUUGGGAGCCAGAACUGUUCAAAGCAUUUCCACUGAAGCAAGAAUCAGGGAAGCAAGAAGUGAAGCUUUUAUAGUAAAAGAUCAUCGUGGAGAGUCUUAUAAGAAGCACCACCCUCCAUCUCUGGGUGAUGAAGUAUGGCGCUUGGAAAAGAUAGCAAAAGAUGGUGCAUUCCAUACACGGUUGGCUGAUAAAGGAAUUCAAUCCGUGAAGGACUUCCUUCGGUUCCGUGCCAUUGAUGAAUCAUCACUGCGCAAAACACUUGGUGGUGGGAUCUCUAACAAGUCAUGGCAGGCAAUCAUAGAUCAUGCUACUGCUUGUGUUUUAGAUGAUAAGAUGUACUUGUACUACAUGGAGGCUGAAAGAGUUGGGCUUUUGUUCAAUUCCAUCUAUCAUGUUAUAGGAGCAAACUUUGACGGCCAGAAUUACCAGUCUCUGCAUACACUCAACUCAUAUCAGAUGCGGCAGGUGCAAGAUUUGAAGCAGCAUGCUUAUAAAAAUUUGAAUAACUUGGUUGAAAUUAAUGAGCCAUCUCUUGUUGGCCCUUCAUUGCCAUUAUCAAGCCUCCAAGACCAGUUUGGCAGUCCAAAUUUAGUUCAGGAUGUUAAUUUCCCAGUUUCACAGCAAGAUCAGCUGGAGAUGCAGCUGGGUUUCAAUCAUACAACUUCAACCGGCUAUGGCUUUGAAGUGGAAGAUGGUAGUCAAUUAGAGGUUUCUAUGGGACUGAAUUGUCACCCAGUGCAAGCUUUCCUUCCAAUGCUGAGUAACAAUUUGGUGGUGACUGAUUCUUGCCCUGGACCCUACAGUGAAGCAAACAAUUGGGCUCCCGGUGGGUCUCUGGGUCAAGUUGUGCAGAUUGGUCACCCAAUUCCUGAAUAUAAUGCUCACUUGGAAACGUCAACAUGGAAAGGGAAUGGAUUCUUCUUUCCUCCAAGCAAUGGAAGAGUUGGAAUUCGUUCAUCUAAUUUUGGUAUCCAGAUCUCAAGGAAUGGAAAACCUAAAGUGAGGUGGUUUAAGGUUCGGGCUGCCUUGAAGUGGGGGAUAUCGGUUAGGCGGGAUGUGGCUGCUAAAAGAAUGGCAGGGCUCCUUUUACCUAAAUGUCUAACCUACAGCUUUUAAGAAGCUAAAUCAAAAUUUGUGGAGGUAAGCUUCUCCUUAAAGGAUUAGGUUAGUUUUUGGAGUAUGUUUUGAUCCACUUUAGCAUCAAAUGCAAAGGAAGGUUCUUGUAUAUACGUAGUUCAUGGAAGCUAGUAAUAGCAUGAUCACACCACGUCUUUUUUUAUUCUUUCUUUCGUUUACGGUGAGUCAGGUUAUAUAAUGUCAGUUAGUCUGGAUGUUGCUGCUAAAAGAUGGCAGGGGUUCUGUUUCAAUUCGAGACUUACGAGCCCAGGAAACAAGCUCCUAGUAUCAUCUGAGACUUAGUACAGUGGUUUUUAUUAUUUUUUUUUAUGUCCUCUUGCAAUGUAGAGUUCUGUUUGCAUCAAGUGCAAAUUUGGUGUCUGUACAUAAUAAGUGUUCAGAUGAAUACUGUAUUGUAUUUGAGAUUUGAAACUUCUACUGUGUUAUUUGCAUC